AUGACAAACAAUAAAAAAAUUUCAUCUCGUAAGCCGGAAGUUAACGGUGUUUCUGCUACUUCAUGCGCUAACUGUGGUACAACUACAACACCAUUGUGGAGAAGAGCUCCUAGCGGUGAAACCAUAUGCAACGCUUGUGGUCUUUAUUAUAAAGCUCGUAAUACUGUUCGUCCACUUUGGUUAAAGCCUUACAAUCAACACCAAGUUAAUCGACAAGCACUAAUUUGUAAUAACUGUGGUACAAACACCACACCUUUAUGGAGGAGAGAUGAACUGGGCAACACUAUUUGUAAUGCUUGCGGGCUUUAUUUCAAGCUUCAUAAUGUUCAUCGUCCACCAAUUAUGAAAAAAAUAAUCAUCAAGCGUCGUAAACGUGUCCCUCUUCACAACAAAUCUUUAGAUUCUUAUAAUCAUCAUCAUCAUCAUCAUCAUCCACAACAAAAAAGUAAUUCUUCUAAUAUUGAAAGAAGACAUCAUCAUCAUCAAACUCAUAAAUCAUCUUGUCUUAACAAAAAUGAUGGUAAUAACAAUCAUCAUCAUCCUCAUCAUCAAUUUACUUACAAUAGCCCACCCACUCCUUCUUCAACUUCUUCCGCUUCCGGUUACAAUUCUUCCGAAGAUGAUGAUACUUCUCUUGAUGGUUUUUCUAAUAAUUUUGAUGAAUUUGAUAAGUAG